AUGAACAAACAAAGUUGUCGAAAGCAUAUCAACAAAGUACCACGAAACCAAUCUUAUACUCAAAAGGUUGCACAGCAUUUGUACACCCUGCAGCCUGACGAUGAUGCUGGUCAUGCAACUGCAACGUUCUUCUGGUGGAUAUUUCAAUGCGAACUUACCUCAUCGCCAAAUAUUCUUACAGCAACAAUCACCAAUAUGCCGACUUCGACAGUUGAGGAAUGGUUAAGAUCAGAUCGAGUAGAUGAGUCACCGCAUAGAUGCAGGAGGAUUGUUAAAGAAUGGGAAUCGGAGGAUGGUGCCUUUGUUAUUUGCCGUGCUGAUGAUGGGACACAACAGACACAUAAAUUAGUAGCCAUGUCUUCAUUAUCUCGUCGUGCUUGCUACAAGUGCGGAAACGUUGGUCAUUAUGCUGAAGUUUGCGCUUCUGCUGAACGUCUUUGCUACAAUUGCAAGCAACCUGGACAUGAAUCGAAUGGUUGCCCAUUGCCAAGAACUACCGAGGCUAAGCAGUGUUACCACUGCCAAGGUUUAGGACACGUUCAAGCCGACUGUCCAACUUUGCGUAUCAGCGGAGCUGGAACCACCGGUCGAUGCUACAACUGCGGUAUUCCUGGCCAUUUGGCUAGAGCUUGCCCAAACCCAAACAACGGAAUGCAAGGUCCUCCACGUGGACUUGGUGCUCCUCGUGGUGGAUUUGGCGGUGGAUUCGCUCCUCGCGGUGGAUUUGCUGGCGGACCUCGCCCAGCCACUUGUUACAAGUGUGGUGGUCCAAACCACUUUGCCCGUGAUUGCCAGGCUCAAGCCAUGAAGUGCUAUGCAUGCGGAAGAACUGGACACAGUUCCCGUGAGUGCACUAGCCCCAACGGCGGUGUUAACAAGGCUGGAAAGACUUGUUAUACUUGUGGAACCGAAGGUCACAUUGCUCGUGACUGUCCAUCAAAGGGACUCAAUGAUAACCUCGCUGGAGAGGGUGGUGCCGGCAUAGUUAGCAACAUGGAAGGUGCUUCAAUUGCUCCUGUUGCAGCUCCUGUUGCAUAG